AUGACCACCUUUGAUACUUCAGCGUCCAACGGGACUUGCUACUGGAAAGUAGGCUCAGAAGCUGGUUCUGAAUUCAUUCCAUGCGGCAAUGCUUUCGCACCCGGUAUUGACUUCCAAUGUUGCAGUGUUGGCGAUAAGUGUUUCGACAACGGAGCUUGUUAUAAUGACAAAUAUGGCGCAACCUAUUUGGCCGCCUGUACCGACCCUACCUAUAAAGCAUCAGAAUGCCAGAAUAAAGGCAAAUACUCGGAGCAGCAGUGGAACGGACUGGUCAUCUGCGGAAAUCCCACGGAUCCGUGGACCAAGAACGUGUCUUGGGCUGGGUGCCCAGAGGUGGACAUUGACCAUCUGACUACCUUUUCCAAAGGAUGUCAAUGUAACGAUACGAACCCGCCAUUGUUCACUGACUACGCCGUAUUGGUCAGCACCGCGAUCCUCCCGCAAACCAGUGGUGGCACUCUGCGAUUCAUCAAUGGACACUCUGCCCCAACGAUCUCCACCAUACCAACACAGAUGACCGCAGGCAAGUCUACGACGGCAGCAGUCUCAACCUCAAUCUUGGCCUCAACACUGUCGGCCACGGAGGAAGCCACUAAAACAGCAGAUGACGAAGCGACUUUGUCUACUGGAGCAAAAGCGGGCAUUGGCGCAGGUGCGGCCAUCGCAGCUCUCUUUUUGGGCACUCUUGCCAUUUUGAUAUGGCUUUUGAAGAAAAGGAACCUGGGGAAGAAGAAAGACGGGGAACCUGAGUCCGAGCCCAAACCCCAGCAAUCCCCUUGGCCGGACUCUACAUCUUCCGCGGAAUCUUCCUCAGUACCCAGUUCAAACGCCCAUCCCAACGCACCUAGCUUCUCUGGCUACAAGGCCGAGCUCGCUGCGGAUGGCCCUCCUAGCGGGGGUAGCAUCGUGUCGUCUAUGUCUACGGCUAGUCCUCAAUUUCCAACACAACAGCGACAAUACGAGGCAUACAACCCUGAUAUCCACGGCAACUACCCCCAGUACGCCAACAGGUCCGAGCUACACAGCCCCCAGCGCGAUACCAUGCACAGCGCAGUGUCCUCGGUCAGCCCCCAGCAUACGGGAUCGGCACAGAAUCAUGUAACAGGCGGUAUCGAGAGUUCUGCCCAACAAACAAUGGCCCCUAUUGCAGAGUUGCAGGGAUGA